AUGUCUGAAAUGAACGAAACCAUAGAUUCUCUGAAAGAGCAAUUAUCCGACGAGGCACUGAAUGAUUCUUUGACUUUGGGUCAACUGAAAAGGAUUGUCAAACAAUUCCCAAAUAAACAAAAGGCAGACAGUGAUAGUCUUUCCAAUGAAAUCGAUGAAUUCUAUAGUUAUGCUGAAAUCGCCGAAUGCCAGGAAAAUAAAAAGAUUUUCGAGGAAGGGUUUGGCGAAUCUUGGACAAAUAGUACAAAUUCAGAACGCAAAGUAUAUGUCGAGUAUUUACUGGAAACAUUGGAAUUGAAAGAUCCUGGUAAAAGAUUCUCUUCAGCAAAGAAACUUUUAUAUAUUGCUCAAGGUCAGAUUUGCGAAAUUAAAUUUAUGGGUGAUCGAUUUUCACUGUCGAUGCCAAAACACUUUAUGGACAUCAUGCAUGAAUCGUUCAUUAUUCUAACCAUGAUUGCGAAUUCAGGAACAUUCGGCGAGUUGAAAACACAAGAGAAGCAUCUUGAAUGGGUAAUUGAAAACAACAAACUAUUACGAAAGUGUGGAGCUCUCUUGUCAUACGCUCAAGCAUUGAAAUUGGCAUGCUGUGCUCACGAUCAUUACAGUCGUCUGGAUGGUAACCUAGAACGACAGGCAUAUAUCGACGACACAAAUAUCGAAAUUGGUUUCUAUCUGACGUUGUUGUAUAUGUUAGUCGAAGUUCAUCGUGGAGACGAAUCUUUUGGCGCGGAAUUAGCUGAUCUCAAUCCGCCGUUGACCGUAUUCCUGUUUGAUGUAGUUGCUUCGUUAAGGGAAAAAGAAAAAAACGCCAAAGGUUACCCAGUCAAAAAGUUGCUCCUUUUAUUGUGGAAGGUUAUUUUAGCAAGUUUCGGCGGGCUAAAUGAAAUUAGAAAACAGAGAGAGGCGGUACGAGAAAUUAAUGGGUUGCCACCAAUUCAAGGCAAAGGAUUGAUGCUUAAAUCCACUCCCACGGAUUAUCAAACUUUUCUAACCGAAGUGACACAUAAGUAUCCAACCUAUGUACCACCUCCAUGUCCUGUGAUUGCGAUGUCUUCUAUUCCUAUCAAUUCCUUUUUCAAUAAUAAUCCAAAUGGGAAUGAAUCUUCCCAGCAAAAUCCCUCCAACAACGGGAGCAGUGCUCCUACACCGAAAUCUCGAAAGCAGCAAUUUCAAACGAAUCAACGACAGCCAUUUAUUUUUCCAUUUUCAGAGUCCACACCAAGCGUGCCAAAAUCAAUUGAGGAAGCUGGUGAUUUGUAUCUCAAUUUUAUGUAUGUGAAUCUAGGUACUCUUCAAUGUUGGAAAGAGAGAGAAGAGUUGAAAAAAAGCCUGGUCAACGGCGACAUUAAUGGUGCAGGUUAUAAAGGAAAUUUUUUUAUGCCUGAUACGACGAAGGAAAUUUUGAGUGGUGACUACAGAAAACAGGAUAAGGUGAAAAUUAAGGAAAUUGAAAAGUUAGAACGAGUAGAAAUCCUUUACGUAUCCUUGAACUUGCGGUCAAUUUUUCCUCAUUUACCAAAUAUCGUCAUCGUGCUCCUUAAACUUUUAUUAGCCACUGUACCUUCAAAUACCAGUAAUAUCAAGGGAAACGAAAACGAUAACAUUUCCAAAGAUGGAACUUCAGCGAACAACGCUCCGAAUGGGAAUACCAUCGAGGAGGUUGAUAUUAAGAGGCAUCGCGAGAUUACCUCCAAGGCAGUUUCGGCAAUUUUACUCUUAAUGUUGAAACAUUUUAAAUUGAAUCAUGUAUUGAAGUUCGAAUAUCUGUCUCAACUUCUGGUCGAUGCAAACUGUUUGCUUCUGAUUUUCAAAAUUCUUAGCCUGCAAGAUGUGAGCGUUACUAUUAAGGCCAAAAAUGAGAUGGAAGAUCUAAAUUUCUUCCGUUACUGCACGACAAUCAAUAAUGACAAUGCGAUCGAGGCUGAAAAUUCGUUGAACAACCUUGAACAUAAUUCCUCCAGUGACACCUCCAUGCAACCGAAAGAUGAAUCUUCCAAAGGGAAACAACGGUCUCAUCCAAAUAAUAAUUUAAAUGAAGAUUCAGAUUAUUGUUGGCGAAAUUUCUUUGCCGCUAUAAAUUUUCUACGAGUAUUACAAAAACUAAUAAAGAAAAAGACCCAUCGAACUUUAUCACUUGUUCGAUGCAAAUCAUCCGCGAUACUGAAAAAAAUUCUCAAAGUAUCUCACCCUCUGCUGGAACUAUAUGCCCUUAAAGUGCUGAAGAAUCAGAUUCCUUUUAUCGGGAGGAAGUGGAAGCAAAGUAAUAUGAAAGUGAUUACUUCUAUAUACUUGAACUGUCGUCCGGAUUUGAGGGACGAGUGGAUAGCAUCGGCGGAUGCGGAUGCUGAGGUUGAAGAUGCAGUGGCAACUGAACCAAUUUUGUAUGGUUUCCAAUGGCAGCCUCAGGAACAAAGUCUUCGAGAACUGACUAAGUUUUACAAUGAAAGGAAUUAUUUUUCCCCAAAUAAUGGUCAACUAAGCGCCUUUGACAACCGAAAUAUUCCUGAUAUAUUUCCACCCCAUUACACCAAACCUCUUAAUCACAUCAAUUCCGCUUAUAUGACUGAUGAUAUUAUGUUGGAUCAAUCUUUCAUUGAAAACUGGGAACAAUGGCUUCAGGAAGAAGUUUACGGUUUUUCAGCCAUCAAACCUCAACUAAACGUUAUAGACGAAUAUUAUAAUGAUGAUCUGAUUAAUGCCUUCCAAAAUGGUGAUGGAUCGGAGUGGGAUACGCCAUUGACUUCAUAUACUGAUGAGAAAGAUCCUUUUUCGUUAAUCAAUUGGAAUAACGCCUCCCCAUCAGAACUUAGCGAAUUUGAACAAAAGAUGAAAUUUAAUGAAAAUUCGGUUCGGUAUAAAUCAAAUUUUGUGGAACAAAUCUUUGAUGCCGAAACGCAUAUUGAUCCUGAUUUAAAGGAAGUUGAUACGAAUUAUUGUUGGCCUGAUGAGAUGCUAGAUCGAAUCGCGCCCGAAGAAGUGAUGAUAUACCAGCCUACUCCUUAUCAAAGUGAUGACGAAAGUUAA